ACGCAUGCGCAAAAGGACGAGCCCGCUGACAGAUUCGCGGCGGCGGUGGCGGUGGCCCUGGCCCUGGACUGCGGGGAAUGGGAGUCCUAGGUCUCUGAGCGCCGCCCCCGCCUCCCUGCCCCCGACAUGGCUCAGGAGAAGAUGGAGCUAGACCUGGAGUUGCCUCCGGGUACUGGCGGGAGCCCGGCGGAGGGCGGCGGCAGUGGCGCCGGCGGGGGCCUCAGGAGGUCUAACAGCGCCCCCCUGAUCCACGGCCUCAGUGACACUUCGCCGGUGUUCCAGGCCGAGGCGCCGAGCGCCAGGCGGAACAGCACAACGUUCCAGAACCGCCACGGCCUGCUCCUGCCGGCCUCCCCCGUCCGCAUGCACAGCAGCCGCUUGCACCAGAUCAAACAGGAGGAGGGCAUGGACUUGAUCAACCGAGAGACCGUCCACGAGCGCGAGGUGCAGAACGCAAUGCAGAUAAGCCACUCCUGGGAGGAAAGUUUCAGCCUGAGUGACAACGACGUGGAGAAGUCCGCCUCCCCGAAGCGCAUCGAUUUCAUUCCGGUGUCACCAGCACCGUCGCCCACCCGGGGGAUUGGGAAGCAGUGUUUUUCACCCUCCUUGCAAAGUUUUGUGAGUAGCAACGGAUUGCCUCCGAGCCCCAUUCCCAGCCCAACGACUCGAUUUACUACCCGGAGAAGCCAGAGUCCCAUCAAUUGCAUUAGACCAAGUGUUCUUGGACCCUUGAAAAGAAAAUGUGAAAUGGAAACUGAGUAUCAGCCAAAGAGAUUUUUCCAGGGCAUCACCAACAUGCUUUCUUCUGACGUUGCACAGCUGUCAGAUCCUGGCGUGUGUGUAUCGUCGGAUACCCUCGACGGAAACAGCAGCCGUGCGGGAUCUUCGUGUAACUCACCAGCGAAAGUCAGCACUACCACCGACUCUCCUGUGUCGCCUGCCCAAGCGGCCUCUCCAUUUAUUCCAGUAGACGAACUUUCAUCUAAGUGAUUCACCCACCCAUCCUGAGACUCGGUUUUUUUGUUUGUUUUGUUUUUGUUUUGCAACGGAGAGAAAAAAAUCAAGUCGGAGCAAGCACUGAACUUUGUCAAUUAAUUUGAGGCUAUUUCCUAUUUGACCCUCUUCCUUUUUUUGGAAUUUCCUGAAAUGUUGUUACUCUAUAGAACUUUUAUGUCAGGUUCCUGCAGAUGCCCUUGAAUUCAGUGUAGUAAUAUUUUCAGACGUUUUCCAAUAAGUGUGUUGAAGCAUACGUCUUUAUGCUGCUAAUAUGUUUAAAUACAUAUGUUAUCCCUUGAUUUUUUAAAAUAA